AUCAGUUUUCAUCGCAUCCUGCAGACGAUCGAUAAGCUGUCCCGGUGCUGGUAUUGACUGAAAUCUACAAGCUAUAAUUAAGGUCCAGUUAUCGCCUUGUCCCACUAUUGUACAUUCAGAAAAUAUCACAGGUACAGAAAAGAUCUAUCAGGUAAGUGUUUGCUGGGUAAACAUACAUGCGAUAUUUGCUGCCUUCUGAUCAAUAUAUCGGCAUAGGUUAUAACUGGGACAAUACGUCACACGACUCGAGCAACUCAGCAUCCAAUUGUUGCUAUGGCGGCAAUAUAAACAAGAACAAAAUGGCGGCCAAGUGGUUUGGACUAUCGAUACUGCUGGAGUCCAUAAUUGGAAGUGUAGCGAGUCGUUGUUACUAUGGAUACUUAUCGUACUACACACGGUACUCAAGCUACUAUUACCUCUCCUACUACUGCUCAAACGGUUGCUGUGGUUACUACUACGACGCAAAAUGUUGCAACAGUGCCGGGACGAUAGCCGGGUCUGUAGUGGGUGCAUUCGUUUGUAUAGCUGUCGUGGUGGGUGUGGUCGUAUGUUGUUGGAUGAGCAAAAAGCGGGCGAGGCGUGGGGUCGUCGUUCAACAGGGACAACAAGCAAACACUACCACAGUGGCCGUCGUUCAUUCUCAGCAGCAGCAGCAGCAGCAGCAGCAGCAGCAAUACCCGCCCCAGCCGUACGGACAGCAGAUGUACUACCAGCCACAGAUGCAACCCCAGCCACAGUAUUUCAACCCUGCCUACCCCCCUCCCCCUCCCAUGCCACCCGUAGGAGCAGUCAACAGCUACCCGCCCCCUCCCGCCUACUCAGGUCCCGAAGGACUCCCUCCGGCGGGAACUGCUCCCAUGAAGCCAGCUUACAUGCCCACCCGCUAGAAAUGGACACUGCUGAGAAACACAAGAAACAGUCCAGAAGUCGAGGAACAUGAGUAAUAUAUAGACAUACUUUUUGAAAUGUGUUAUUUAUAACAUUCAAAGUUUUAUAUAUUUGUAAAAUGGAAAUGCUGAAUUAAUAAUGGUUUUGUGCGUUUUAGUUAUUGUGAUAAGUGAUUCUUUUGAAUUAUAUUUAUGAUUAUCAUUUUCAAUUUUGUAAUAGUCAUUCAUUUUUACUAUUUCAAAGUACAUUGAUUUUCUAAAAAAAAACAGAAAAGAAAAACAGAAUACAAAUAAUGGAUAUUUAUGAUGAGUUCAAGUAUCUUCAUCAUUGUUUAGGAAAUCGAAUUUAAGUUCAGGUAAAAUUUCAUUCCAUAACCAAUCGCUAUCAAAUUUAUAUCCAGGCCCGGAAUCAUCAAACAAUCUUAGACUUAAGUUUUUGCUUAGCCAAUCACGUAUGACGUCACUUUUCAUGACGUAAUUUAAGAUAGGUUAAGUCAAAACUUACGACAACUCGAGACUUAAAGAUCGUGUCAUGAUCCUGAGGCCAGGUAUCGUGUUGGAGGUUCCCUUGAUAGGUGUUUAAAUAACAUAAAUUGGAAAGUUGUUGAAGUGACCUCUAAACAGAAAAGGUCUCUUGAGCAGCUUUGACUGUAGUUUUUGCUAAUUGUUUUGCAGCAAAUUACAUAUGUAAUAUAAUUGUAAGGCACUUAUAUUUAACAUAUACAUUGUAAUUGGUGUAUUUUUGUAACGAGAAAAACAUGUUACGAUUUUCUUUAUAAAUGUUUAUUUUCUUUUCAUUGUUUAUAUAUUUUUUUACUUAUUCCUGUUUUUUCUAUCAGAAAAGGUUUUGUUAUCUUGUUUUCAUAAACGCGUUUUUUUACGAUAUAUAUGUUUGAUACCAUAUCAUGGUUAAUUGUUAUAAUCAAACACCAACCUAUCUUGUGUUUAACCUACAUACAAAUCAAACAGUUUGACAAUAAUCAUAAUCCGAGGUUCUUAUAUACCGCUAAAUCACGACCUAGUUCAUAGGUCUUCUCAAAGCGGUUCACAAAUUGUACAAAUGUUGGGCAGAUUGGUAGAAUAUAGGUUCGAUCUGUUCAAAAUAAAUAAAUAGCAAUAUAAAUUACGUAAACACAUUGGAUGAUAUUCUGAAAAAACAAACUGGAUUAAAUAUAUUCAACAUAUGAGUGAACAGUGAAGACAUCAACACCAAAGUAAAGUUGUUAAUGACACACACACACAAUAAUAAACAAAAUACAAAAUCCGGAGUCGAACACGGGGUGCUUUGAAAAAAUAAAUAAAAAUUACUUCCAUUUUACCUAACCGACAACGGCCUUUUUCUAUCCUAGAAGAUAUGUUUGGAAUAAAGAUAUAUUUUAAUUUCUUCACAAUCUAGUCAUAAUAGAAAUACGUUCAAUGUUUAAUUGUCUACAGAGUGCCGAAAUAUUCGUUAAAAACAAGCCCUGUUUGUUUCCGUGACCUACAAUCGAUAUAUUUCCUUCGAUGUAUGAUUGUUACGACCUCCAUGUCAAUGUUCCAGUGAUAGAUUUAACUAUUGUAAAUAUUCUUACAUUUCUGAAAUAUGAGUCUUUUUUUAUUCGUGAUAAUAAUAAAAUCAUUUCACUGUGUAAAGAAGAUGAAUACAUUGUUUUUAAUUUAGCGAGAGAGAAAAAAUGCCAAUAAUGAGUUACUUCCCUUCCCAUACCCUGGAUACGUAUAUGGUUAAGAGCACGGCUUUGUUUUACAUUUCAUUUAGCAUUAGUGUAAUACUCAUAUGCAAAUAUAUAUAUCAGAGACCGUACAAGAUACUUCAGCAAAACAUUCUCUUAAAAUAUGAAUAAUUGACACAAAAAUAGAAAUUUAUAUCUCAACGGAGUAUCUACCUUAAUUGUAGGCAAAACUGGAGUUCACAAGGGACAAGAACAGGGGACAUGUGUCCAGAAGUAUAUUGGGACGGUAUUUAUGAAACCGUUAUCAAAAUAUAAAUAUUUGACACAAAAAUAGAAAUGUAAAUCUCAACGGAAUAUUUACCUAAAGUGUAGGCAAACAUAGAGUUCACAGAGACAGUAGCCAGGGAAUAGUGUCCAAAAUUAUUUAACUGUGUUUCAGUCAUAUUACACUAUUUGUACAUUUCAACAACAGCUUGUGACUUAUUCAUCCUUUUAAAAUUAGUCGCUUUUCCAUAUUGUAAAAUAUUUGUAAAUGGAACAUUCUUCUCAUUCAAUUAAGAAUUUAAAUAACAUUUUUUAACUUGAAAAAUAUGGCUAACCUUCUUUCGAGAAACAUCAAUGCAAUAAUUGUACGCUUUUCCUAUCUCUCCUUUCUCAUCCCUUACCAGAAGUUGCCUUUUUGAGCUAAGCAGCAAUAAUACAUAUUCUGUAUUGUUAAUUGUAAAUAAUAGUUAGCCCUUUGCCUAUCACAAAGCCAUAUGAAAUAUCUCUUCGAUUUUUAAGGAAUAUUAUCAUAGAAUAUACUGUCUCUUUAUGUUAAUAUUCUUGGGAUAUUUUGCUUCAGAAUAUAUUAUUUAAAUCCAGUGACCGAUUCAUUCCGUAAAUUGACCUUUAAUAAGACAAGAAAUCCAUUUAGAAAGUAUUUUUAGCGAAACUACUGGGACGCUAUUUAUAAAACCGUUCUCAUGCUCGAACUCGGAUUCUGUGUUGAGACCAACUUCUUGUUCAGAGGAUAAAAAAUUAAAGAUACAUCACGCUUUGUCAAUGACUUGGAAGCAUGUUAGAGAGAUUUAAACCCAGAUUUAUUUUCAGUAUUUACAUUUGCCUUUCUUGGUGUGUCGCAUAAUUUAAGUGAGUUACAAGAAAGUUGGUUUCAACUCAGAAUCCAUGCAUGAUCAUAAAAGUGUUUUCAUGAAUACCGGCCCUGGUCCGAGUCUUAUGAAACCUCCUUGGCGUACGAUUUUCUAUCCAUUACUAAGGUGAAGGAGAACUUUUUUUACGUAAGGGGACAUUUACGUGGCUAGAGUCUGUUAGCACAGGAAUAGAUAAGCCAACGAAUAUGACUUAUGUUUAUUUAUGUUAUGGUGCCUGCUUUAUGUUUUAUGCAUUUGAUAAUACGUUCAAAACCAUUAAUAUCUUCCUUCCGUGUAUGUAUGAAUUUCUAUCGCUGACUACUGUAACAAUGCCUUAAGCUCUCAAGUGGCCUAUCCGUUGUAAUUAUGCAAAAUUAUAUCACAACAAUUUCUCAUUCACAGUUUAUCUUGUUCCAAUAUUUUUGCACAGUAUACAUAAAUAACACGGCUAGAGAAACAAAGUGAGCUUUAAAAGCUCUUAAUUUUCUUAAAUACAAACUUUAUUUAUUUUACAACAAGUAUGAAACAAGUUAUUUCAACUUUUAUUAAUCACUCUUGUU